AUGGCAUCGGCGGCCUAUACAGACUGCAUAUUGCUCUUUGGAGAUUCUCUCACUCAGGCUUGGUCCCCAGGCUCGCUCGCCCAACGCAUGGCAGAGCAUUAUCUACGUCGUCUAGACAUUGUCAACCGUGGCUAUGGAGGCUACAACUCUGACUGGGCGUCACCCGUAUUCGAGCAAAUCUUUACAAAGGCGUCUGUCAGGGAAGCAGGUCAAUCUCAAGCUGUACGAAUGAUAACCAUCUGGUUUGGGGCCAAUGACGCUGUCCUUCCUGGUCAGAGGCAACAUGUCCCCUUGGACAGGUACAAGACCAACCUGUCCAAGCUCAUCUCCCUCAUUCGCUCCCCUGCUUCCGAAUGGUACUCUCCUCAGACCAAGAUCAUUCUGAUAAACCCUCCACCCAUCAUCGAAACCGCAUGGCACCUGAGCUCGCUGCAAAAAUGGCGCGAUUUUGGAAGUAAAGGCGAUCCACCCACGCCCAACCGGGACAGACGAGUGACCAAACAGUACGCAGAAGCAUGCGUGGAGGUCGCAAAAGCAGAGGGAGUCGACGUGAUAGAUUUCUGGAAUACCCUGGUACAGAGAGCCGGCGGAGAGGAACCUGAACGUCUCGCACCGUUCUUCUAUGAUGGCUUACACUUGACGGCUGAGGGUUACAAGGUCUUGUUCGAAGCUUUGAAAGGUUUGAUCAACUCGAAAUACCCCGAGCUGAACCCGGAGACGAUGGAGAUGAGGAUGCCUCACUGGGCAGACGUCGGGCUCGAUGCUCCUGAGAAAGCCUUCGAGGGGGUGCAACGACGUAGACUGAUAGGAGAGCUAUGA